UCACACCUCCCUGCGCUGACACGUCACGCAGCCGCGGUGGAUGCUGGGAAAGCUAGACUCCGGAGGUCAGGGCAGAAGCGCAGAUGAUGUCGGUUGCAGGGUUGACGUCCUUGAAACGCUGCGGCGUUUUGGUACUUCGCUCCCCUGCGGGGCUGGGGGUGGUGAGAUUUGCCCAGACUGCAGCCGCUCCGGCGGUUCAACCCAGAAUAAAGAAGUUCCAGGUGUACAGGUGGGACCCAGACACUCCAGGAGACAAACCGCGCAUGCAGACCUAUGAGGUCGACCUCAACGCGUGUGGCCCCAUGGUCCUGGACGCACUCAUCAAGAUCAAAAAUGAGAUGGAUCCCACUCUGACCUUCCGCCGCUCCUGCAGAGAAGGGAUUUGUGGCUCCUGCGCGAUGAACAUAAACGGAGGAAACACGCUGGCCUGCCUGCAGAGGAUCGACCCCAACCUGAGCAAACCAGCCAAAAUCUACCCGCUGCCACAUAUGUAUGUGGUCAAAGACCUGGUGCCUGAUAUGAGCAACUUCUAUGCCCAAUACAAGUCAAUUGAGCCUUACCUGAAGAAGAAGGAUGAGUCCCGGGAAGGGAAGGAGCAGUACCUGCAGUCUGUGGAGGACAGGCAGAAGCUGGACGGCCUCUACGAGUGCAUCCUCUGCGCCUGCUGCAGCACCAGCUGUCCAAGCUACUGGUGGAACGGAGACAAAUACCUGGGCCCGGCUGUGCUCAUGCAGGCGUACCGCUGGAUGAUCGACUCCCGGGACGAGUUUACGGAUGAGCGUCUGUCCAAGCUGCAGGAUCCCUUCUCGCUCUACCGCUGCCACACCAUCAUGAACUGCACCCAGACCUGUCCUAAGGGCUUAAAUCCUGGUAAAGCGAUCGCUGAGAUUAAGAAGAUGAUGGCCACGUAUAAGGAGAGGAAGGAGGCUACCGCCUGAAACCCGCGAUGCUCUUUUAUGACGUGAUUUAAAUUAUAUACUGAUCAAAAGUGUAAAUAAUCGUGGUUGUGUGUGCAUGCGUGUGUAACAAACUUUACAUAAACGCACAACUCCAGGAUGAAUGGUGAGAGAGUGUCGGAGUGUGUUCCAGAACAUGUUAGUGUCAGCUCUGUUUGGAAAUUUCAUAUUUGCUUUACAUAAAAUGUUAUCUUUGCUUUCAGUUCAACAGUCAGACCUGCAAUAUACACGCUGACCCAUUAUAUCAACUGAUUUUUCUUUAUUAGAAAAUAAAUACUCUGAAUCUGA